UAUUUGGCAACUGCCACCUCACUGACAGCUUCUGUUAUCCAAGAGGACUCUGAUCUCUCAAACUACCUGUCACUAUGGCCCACCGAUUUCCAGCUCUCACCCCAGAGCAGAAGAAAGAGCUCUCAGAAAUUGCUCAGCGCAUCGUUGCCAAUGGAAAAGGCAUCCUGGCUGCAGAUGAAUCCGUAGGCACCAUGGGAAACCGUCUGCAGAGAAUUAAGGUAGAAAAUACUGAAGAGAACCGCCGUCAAUUUCGAGAAAUCCUCUUCACUGUGGAUGAUUCCAUCAACCAGAGCAUCGGGGGAGUGAUCCUUUUCCACGAGACCCUCUACCAGAAGGAUAGCCAGGGAAAGCUGUUCAGAAACAUCCUCAAGGAGAAGGGAAUUGUGGUGGGCAUCAAGUUAGACCAAGGAGGUGCUCCCCUUGCAGGGACUAACAAAGAAACCACGAUUCAAGGACUUGACGGCCUCUCGGAGCGUUGCGCUCAGUACAAGAAAGAUGGUGUUGACUUUGGGAAGUGGCGUGCUGUGCUGAGGAUUGCUGACCAAUGCCCCUCCAGCCUUGCUAUCCAGGAAAAUGCCAAUGCCCUGGCACGCUAUGCCAGCAUCUGUCAGCAGAAUGGGCUGGUACCUAUUGUUGAACCAGAGGUACUUCCUGAUGGAGACCAUGACUUGGAACACUGCCAGUAUGUUAGUGAGAAGGUCCUGGCUGCUGUCUAUAAGGCCCUGAAUGACCAUCAUGUUUAUUUAGAAGGUACCUUGCUAAAGCCCAACAUGGUGACUGCUGGACAUGCCUGCACCAAGAAGUAUACACCUGAUCAAGUAGCUAUGGCCACUGUCACAGCUCUCCACCGCACCGUUCCUGCAGCUGUUCCUGGCAUCUGCUUUUUGUCUGGUGGCAUGAGUGAAGAGGAUGCUACUCUCAACCUCAAUGCUAUCAACCUUUGCCCUCUGCCAAAGCCCUGGAAACUAAGUUUCUCUUAUGGACGAGCCCUGCAGGCCAGUGCACUGGCUGCCUGGAGUGGCAAGGCUGAAAACAAGAAGGCAACACAGGAUGCUUUUAUGAAGCGGGCUCUGGCCAACUGCCAGGCAGCCAAAGGACAAUAUAUUCACACGGGCUCUUCUGGUGCUGCUUCCACCCAGUCACUCUUCACGGCCUCCUAUACCUAUUAGGCCCUGAUGCUCACUAGCCUGUCUCUAGUUCUUCUAGGUGUCUUGGUGGGAGAGCUAAAAGGGAACAACUUUUCAGUCAACCCUGGAAAUUAGACAAAAUCCGAUUGGAACUGCAGGAAACACCAUACAUGUAAAUCUUAAACACAGUAGAAACCCCAAAUCAGUUAUUGAAACAAA